AUGAGUUUUAUACAAAAAAAUAUUGUAUCAUUUUCGUGUUUUAUUUUUAUAACCCUAGUUUUAGCGCAAAUAUGUUUUGCUCAAAAUUCACCCCAAGACUAUGUUAACGCCCAUAAUGCAGCAAGAUCUGCGGUGGGCGUUGGAAACAUACAAUGGGAUGAAGGAGUUGCGAACUAUGCACGACAAUACGCCAACCAAAGGAUUGGUGAUUGUGCCAUGCGCCACUCCUCUGGGCCAUACGGAGAGAACCUUGCUUCUGGCAGCGGUGCCUUUAUGACAGGCACCGCUGCUGUGCAGAUGUGGGUAAAUGAGAAGGUCAAUUAUGACUACAAUUCCAAUACUUGUGCUCCUGGUAAGGUAUGUGGGCAUUAUACUCAAGUGGUUUGGCGUGACUCUGUCCGUGUUGGAUGUGCUAGGGUUCAAUGUAACAAUGGUUGGUAUUUUGUUACUUGCAAUUAUGCACCACCGGGCAAUGUUGUGGGACGGAGACCUUACUAAACUUCAAAUAAUGAAUCUGCUAUAAUCUAAGAAAAUUAGCUCAUUAGAGCAUAUCAGAUAACAGGAUUAGUGAACUAAUCUUGUAUCCUUACUGUAUUAAACAUGCAUGUAAUUUAAACAAAUGCUUUAAAUAAAGUGUUUAUCUACUCAAUUAACAUAUUAUAUAAGAUGAAGUGAUCAUCUAUCUCUGUUCGUUAAA